AUGGGUAAGACACCCGAUGGCAGAUUAAGUCAUCCAUAUAUUGAAGGGGUGAAUGCAUUUAUUAAUUCUGCAAGAGCGGUUGUAGACUUGAGUGGUAAUAUUCCGCACCCGUGUAUCCACUGUGUGAAUUGCUAUCGACAAUCUUCUCAAAUUGUGCGUAUCCAUUUGCUUCAUCGUGGAAUUAUGCAAUCUUACAUUAAUUGGUAUAAUCAUGGAGAACCUCGUGUAUUGAAUGAGAAUAUUCAUGAUAAUGAAAUGUCGGAUGGUGAUCAUAUGAAUGGUAUCGAUGCCUUGAUAGAUGACCGAAUUAGAGGGGAACCAAGAAAUGCAACCGAAGAUGAGGAGGUGCGUCAUUUUGACAAACUUGAGGAAGAUGCAAAACGUGAGUUGUAUCCGGGUUACACUGAUUAUAGUAUCCUGAAGUUUGUUAUUGAGAUGUUGAAUGUAAAGGUAAUGACCAACUUGAGUAAUAAGGGACUUGAUAUGAUGCUAGAAUUGCUGACAAAGGUUUUACCGAAAGGUAACUUGGUUCCAAGGUCAACUUAUGAAGCAAAGAAGAUAUUACGUGACUUGGGCAUGUCAUACGAGCAUAUAGAUGCAUGCAAAAAUGAUUGUACAUUAAUUUGGAAGGAAAAUGAAAAUCUUGAUAAAUGUCCGGUGUGUGAGGUGCCUAGGUACAAAGAUACACGUACCCAAGGUAAGAAAAUUCCUCAUAAAGUAUUGCGUUACUUUCCGUUGACACCGAGACUGAGGAGAUUGUACAUGUCAGGCCAAAGAACUAAAGACAUAAGAUGGUAUAUAGACAAACGUGUGGACGAUGGGAUAAUGAGGCAUCCGGCUGAUUGUGAGGAGUGGAAGGAAUUUGAUUUGCAACAUCUUGAUUUUGCCCUCGAACCUCGCAAUGAGCCAUAUUUUAUAUUGUCCUUGCUUAUUCCCGGUCCCCAUCAACCGGGGAAUGAUAUUGAUAUUUACUUGAAACCAUUAGUUGAUGAGUUGAAGGAGUUGUGGGAAGAAGGUGUAGAAACUUAUGAUGCUUAUAGUAAAGAGCAUUUUCAAAUGCGUGCAACUUUGUUAUGGACAAUACAUGACUAUCCUGGAUUUGGUAACGUAUCCAGAUGGAGAACAAAAGGUUAUCAUUCUUGUUACACUUGCAACGAUCAACCAUAUUCAUAA